UAAACCACGGCGCGAAGCAGACGCGUUUCUCUCUCUUUCUCCUCCUCCAGGCGGGCCAGCGAUCGAUCCUCGCAACAUUGCAGCCGCAGCAGCAGCAGCAACAGCAGCAGCAAUAGCAGCAGCAACAUCGGCGGGCAGAAGUAACGGCCAACUGUUUUCGAAAGUUGCCGCUAACGCAUCCUGUUUGUCAACCUUCGGAAUUUUGCAAUUGAAAUUGGAAUCGGAACUUUAAUUGGAACGGCCAGGUGAAACGGCGGAAUUGGGCCAAGGACCUAGUAGAAACAUCACCAUCAUCAGCAGCAGACACCACAGUAACGGCAGCAACAUGCAACAUCAACAGCAACAGCAACAGCAACAUCAACUGCAACAACACAAACAAGUGCGCUGCCGAAAUCUACGAAGAAACGUAGAAAUCGGUGCUAAGAAGAUUUGGCUGCCGCUUAUCAUUUUCCUUUCACUGCAGGUCGCCCUCGUCAGCGCCGACGAUGUGGAGGUGGUGAAGGCCAUUGCCGGCGGACCGGAUGACGACCUGACCAUCGCCCUUGGCGACCACGAAAACGAGCUGGACCAGAUGGCCCAGGAGUCGGAGCAGGAGCAGCAGGCCCAGGCCCAGGCGCAGCAGCAGCAGCAGCAGCAGCAGCAGCAGCAGCAACUGCAGCAGCAACAGCAACAGCAGCAGCAGCAGCAACAGCAGCAACUGCCGCAGAUCCAGAUGCAGUUGCCGCAAUCGGUGCCCAAGGUGCAGGUGCACUACCAACACAACAUGCCCCAGCCGCCGCCCAAUGUGGCACUCACCAUGCGCAAUAACCACCAGAACAUCCCGCUCAGCUUUGGCCAGCCCUUCGGACCUCCUCCGCCGCCGGGCGCCCAGUUCUAUAAGGGACCUCCACCGCCGCAGCUCCAGCAGCGACCGCAGCCACCGCCCCAGAUGCAGUUGCAGCAGCAUCAGCAGCAGCAUCAGCAUCAGCAGCAGCAGCAGCAGCAACAGAGCCAGCAGCAGCAGCAGCAGGUGCAGGUGCAGGUGCCCGACCUGAGCGUGGGCGGUUCCAGCAACAACGAGAUCUGGGCGGCACCCGUCCAGGACAUGCCCAAGAUCGUGUCGCUGGACGUGAAGUGCGAGAAGAACGGCAUGAAGGUGUUUGUGCAGUUCGACAAACCCUUCAACGGCAUCGUCUUCUCCAAGGGCCACUACAGCAACAUGAACUGUGUCCACUUGCCGUCCGGACUGGGCCGCAGCUCGGCCAGCUUUGACAUCGGACUGCACGAGUGCGGCACCGCUGGCAAUACGGACAACUAUGGCCAGGGCUAUGGCCAUGAGGGUGCGGGUGCGGGUGCUGGUGCGGGCACCUACUUUGAGAACAUCAUCGUCAUCCAGUAUGAUCCGCAGGUGCAGGAGGUGUGGGAUCAGGCACGCAAGCUGCGAUGCACGUGGCACGAUCAGUAUGAGAAGAGCGUCACGUUCCGUCCGUUCCCGGUGGACAUGUUGGAUGUGGUGCGGGCGGAUUUCGCCGGCGACAAUGUCGGCUGCUGGAUGCAAAUCCAGGUGGGCAAGGGUCCGUGGGCAUCCGAGGUGUCGGGUCUGGUCAAGAUUGGGCAAACGAUGACCAUGGUGCUGGCCAUCAAGGACGAUGACUCCAAGUUCGAUAUGCUGGUGCGCAAUUGUGUGGCCCACGACGGCAAGCGGGCGCCCAUCCAAUUGGUGGACCAACGGGGCUGUGUCACCCGGCCCAAGCUGAUGUCCCGCUUCACCAAGAUCAAGAACUUCGGUGCCUCCGCCUCGGUGCUGUCGUACGCCCACUUCCAGGCCUUCAAGUUCCCCGAUUCGAUGGAGGUGCACUUCCAGUGCACCAUCCAGAUCUGUCGCUACCACUGUCCGGAGCAGUGCUCGGCGGAGACGAACCUGCAGGAUGUACAUCAUCUGCAGGUGGGCCCCGAAUCACAGUAUGGACCGCCGCCGCCGCAGCUCCAUGUGGAUGCGUACCAUGUGGCCAGUGCCAUUGGCAAGCGGCGGGAUGAGCGACGCGUCCAGAGGCGGGCACGUGCGGUGGCCGCCGCCGAGCCGCAGGUGGGCCUCAACCGGAUCAUCAAGGUGGUCUCCUCCGGCGACCUGACCUUCGCCAUCGACGAUCAGGCCAUGGGCAACGGUAGCAGCCCCAUCGGCUCCACAAUGGUCUUUCCGCUGCGCGAGGAGGGUCUCAUCUGCAUGACCACGCCCGGAUUUGCCAUCACGCUCAUCGUGCUGCUGGGCAUCCUGGUCACCUCCUGCCUCACCUCCGCCAUCCUCUAUGUCCGCCUGCGUCCGUUCGCCUCGUUUGCCGCCGCCAGCGCCAAGGAGCGGGCCGUCGCCUUCACGAAUCCCCAGCUGGCCCCGCUCCCAGUCAUCCAGCUGCCCUCGCCGGCGGACUUGCAGGGCACGCUCUCCAAGAAGCGGGCGAUGUCGUGAGCACGCCCCCGACUGUGCGACUGCAUAUCCGGUUCCGCGGACGGUGGCCAGAUACCGGUGGCCAUGCACUGGCACUACUGCUAGCUGGGAUCAGCUCCUUGAUGUUUCGGUUUCGGUUUCGGUUUCCGUUUCCAUUUUGGGACACGGGCACAGGGCAAGUAACAGGUUUAGUUAUAUCACAGCUUAAGAUUCGCUUUCCGUGCGUUUUUCAAUCAAUCAAAUCAAAUUCACUUCAGGAUUUCGAAUCACUUUAAACUUAAAACAAAUCAACUUUCAGUUCAAGCUCAAAUCGAUCUGAUUAAAUAAUAACUAUAAAAUGAAAUACAUGCUUAAUAUUAGCUUUAAAGAAUUUUUAAAACUGAAUAUCAAAUCAAAUUUCGAAUCGAGAUAAAAUCGAUUAAAUUAAUUAAUAACAAUUGGUUUAAAAAAUAUCUUUUUUAAAUCUGUAUAUUAUUCAGGAUUUUGAAAUUAUAACCAAAUUCAGAAAU